UGCAUGCUUACCUCCAUCUCUCCGAGCAUUCCAACAUUGUGCGCUUCCCAAGUUUUGUUACUCCAGAAAUAAUUAAAUUGGCUGAAAAUCCUUCUACAAUAUGCCUCUUGCUCUUCUUCUACAACAACUAUUUAGGUUUUGCACAGUUGUUAUUUUUUUAACUUCUGUCCCUUUGAUUUCUUUCACCUUCGUUUCUUUUCUUUUUGUUAUAAUCUUACCCUUUUUUUGUUUUUUUAUAUUGGUCUGGUUCAUCUCUAAGAUUUUUUCUCUUCAAAUGGAGUUUAUGGCAUUUCUUGGCAAGAUUGCGAUUGAGAAAAGCUCAAAAGGUAGUAAUAAUGGAAGGAUUGAUGAGGGGAUGAAGAAUGAAAAGCAGCAGUUUGUUGAUCUGGAUACAUGGCAGAUUGUUGAUUUGGAUUCAUGGGAGCUUCCAUCUUUAAACAAUGAAGAAGAAGAAGGAAAAAUUAAGGCUGGAAUAGAAAGUUUUGUAAGCCGCUAUGAAGAGGCCUCAAGGCAAUAUUUGGUUCCAAAAUCCAUUUUAAGGGAAGAAAGCAAGCCGUUUCAUGAAGUUUUGGCCUAUUGGAGAAGUAAAGAGAAAGGGGAGAUAGAAGAGAAAGAAGAAGCUUUCGAGAUGCAUAUAGACUUGUAAUUUGGAAGAAGUAAUUAAGGAACAAUGCUAAAUUUCUCCUUCUAUUUGUUAUGGAUGUCCAAUUAAAUCAUGACCAAAUUAGGAAAUGCUAAUUUUAAUUUGAUUAAUGCUUUUUUAUUA